AAGAGUAUGUACCAAUCAGUGGUAUGUUCCAUCAGGACGUGCGUUCGCAGUGCACUGGCCUGCCAUUGUCAUUUGCGUUCACAUACUUACGCAGGGUAUUUUUAUGGCCUGACACUGCAACUCGUGCUUGCGUUGUGUUAAGAAUUUCAGGUGACACAUUUUAGAACGCAACAACGCAUGAAACCGACUUUGCAUGGCAAAGCGUCUGUUCGCAUACUUACGUAGGGUCUGUUUUGUGGGGUGGGGAACCUACAUUCUCGGGGGGUCCGAGGUCAGGCUUAAAAAAUUUUUUUUUUAAAUAAAGCAAUUAAAUGUUUAUUUCUGAUGACCUUUGAGAACAGAAUAUACUUAUUACUGUGGUUGUAAGCAGGUCAAAUGGUUCUUGUGAAAAAUGAUAGUUAAUGCAAAAACUUUUCCAAUACACCCUGCAAAGUAGACUUGACUACCAUAUUUUCUUGACCAGACUGCUGUUCUAUAACAUAAGACACCUCCAGACGAAAAAAGCAUAGCUCUGUCUGUAUUAUUAGCAGGAAUUAAUACAGUUCAGUUUACCAGUGAAUUGUAGGAAAGUGUUGCAAUCAUUGUGGCAGCAAAGAUAUCUUUCAUGCAGUGAUUUUAUUACAUAGCCAACAUAUAGGCCUAACACAAAAAAUGUAAUAUUUGCCUUAAUAAUGCUAUUAGUCAAUAACAAUAACAAUUCCCCCAUAAACUAGAAUUAUUUAAUCAUAAACCGAAUUACAUCGAUAUCUCCCGCAACCUAGUUGUCUUUAAGGUUGUUUUUCAAAGAAAUGCCGAAUGUCUGGGCCCUUCCUUUUCACUUGCUGCAUUAUUUUAAGUCAAGCCAUGCAAUGACUGCAAACACAAGUAUAUGAGAAUAAUGAAGAUGGAGGAAUUAAAAUUCAUUCUACAGUUUUGUGAAACCAUUUGCAGAUCUGGAAAUCCAUUCAACAGAGAUGUGAAACUAUUUACAGAUUUGUGAAUCCAUUCUACAGAUUUGUGACUUUUGCUACAGAAAUACCUCCUACUGCCUCUGCAAAUUAAUUAGUGUGUGAUAAGUAGGGAGUCGAACGGACAACUGAUCCCGAAGUUAAUUUGCUCUGUCUUUGGGGGAUUGAGCUUCUCGUUAACAUUUUGAAGUUACUCUCUGUAUAGUAGGUGGGGGGUUAUAACUGUCGUCUGAUUUGAGAUUUUGAGAAUUUGUAUUUCAAGUUUUGCGGCAUCGGCACUUUACGGUUUGUCAACUUACUGCUUUAUGGAAAUAAUCUUGCGCACCUCCUACCUGCCUCACUGUAAAAUCUGCAUAUUUUAACGUCAGGUGUUACGUUGUUAAAGUUUGUUGAGACUUCUGACGGAGUUGGUAGCUACAGUCCUCGGUCGGCAGAUCUUGCUCUAUGGGCUCUCGGUACAGUUCUGGGAUGUCUGGUCGGGGUUUCAGUGGCAACCCAGGCCAGUCAGAAUCAGGCAGACAGCAAGCAGAGGAAGAUGACGAAGACGUAUCUCAAGUUGUGACUUACUUACUUAGCAGGGGCCAGGUGCGUCUGGUCAGUGGAGGUGGAUCAACAGGGUUGCAGUUUGUCCAAUCAUAUUCUAACUCUGAUGAUUCUGAUGACAGUGAUGAAACCUGGGAAGGUGACCAUAGAAGUCGUUACAGUCCCCCAGUGGACUCCGAUCCGGACACUCGGGAUCUGGAUCAGAGUGAGAUCCGAACUCAGAUCCUCCAAGCCACUGCCUCCUCAGGGUCAAAGGGCAAACAAAGUUUUACUCAAAUGCUGAAAGAGAGAGAGUGGGGCCGCUGUCUGGGUACCAGUUUCUCUCACGGAGAGUGCAGCCGUAUUCGCUCGCAUUUCUUACCCAAUCAGGUAACACACAAGGAGAUCUACCAGCAGAAGGCAUUCUGUGGGGUCUACAGCGAGGAUGGUGACAGCUUCCUUUCAGCAUGCCAAGAUCAUAACAUCCGCCUUUAUGACACCAGCAAGGGGCGCUUUGCUCUGAAGAACAUGGUGAAGGCGCGGGACAUGGGCUGGAGCGUGCUGGACGUCUGCUUCACCCCUGACUCGCAUAGUGUGCUCUACUCCAGCUGGUCGGACUGCAUUCAUGUCUGCAGCCUAGACAGCACCAGUCAGACCCACACUGCUCUGCAGCUAAAACCAGAUGAGAGGAGGUUCUGUGUGUUCUCUGUGGCCACAUCUUCGGAUGGAAAGGAGGUCUUGGGUGGAGCGAACGACGGCUGUCUAUACGUCUUUGAUCGCGAGCAGAACAAGAGAACGCUGAAGAUUUAUGCGCACGAUGAUGACGUGAACGCGGUGACAUUCGCCGACCGGUCGUCCCAGCUGCUGUUCUCCGGAAGCGACGAUGCCUUGUGCAAAGUGUGGGACAGACGGACGCUCAGGGAGGACAAGCCGGAGCCCGUGGGACAGCUCGCCGGCCACACAGACGGCGUCACGUUCAUUCACAGCAAGGGUGACGCUCGCUACCUCAUCAGUAACUCCAAAGAUCAGUCCAUCAAGCUGUGGGAUGUGCGCCGCUUUUCUUCCGGGGAGGGGCUGGCAGCCUCCAGGCUGGCUGUCACUCAGCAGACCUGGGACUACCGCUGGCAGCUGGUCCCCCGGAGAGCCCUGAAGAGAGACAAGCUGACGGGAGACACGUCGGUGAUGACGUACCGCGGCCAUGGCGUGCUGCACACGCUCAUUCGCUGCCGCUUCUCCCCCGAGUUCAGCACCGGUCAGAGGUUUAUCUACACCGGCUGUUCAACAGGGAGAAUCAUCAUCUAUGAUGUGCUGACGGGCCGUGUGGUCUCCAGACUCUCUGGACAUAAGGCCUGUGUGAGAGACGCCAGCUGGCACCCCUAUCAGGACUACAUCGUCAGCAGCUCAUGGGACAAAGCAGUGUGCAUGUGGGAGCACAGGAAGACGCACCUGUUGGAUGAAGAGAGAGGGAUCAGGCGCCUGACAUGAAGAAUGAGGGAAGCAAGUGGAAGCUGAAGGACAGCUUGUUUUUCAGGGAGAGAGAGAGAGAGAGAGGGGGAGAACACAGACACAUGCUGAACUCCUUAAAUAUUUAUGCUGGGAAUUUUCUGUGUGGUUGUGGGGUGCUGGGCUGCAGUCUUCCUAUUUACUUCCUGUUUUAUGGAAGCCAUUGUGUUAGCUGGCCUAUAGUAACGAAGCUACUACAAAUACAGCAAAGCUGCAGCUUGUUAAGGACAAACUCCACAGCAGCAUACCCCUAAUACAUUUUGAAAUGGACAAUUUUACUGAUUGUCAGAAUAAAUGUGACUAUUAUGUAGCAGAAUACUGUGACCUGUUCCCAAUCUGUUUUGUUGUUUUGGACAAAACCACGCUCUUAAAUUCCAAAGAAUACUGAAUUGGUAUUUGUGGUGUGGGGAUGGCUGUUUAAGCCACUCU